AUGGUCUACACCAUCGUCGUUCACAUGAGGGCCAAGCCCGACCAAGAGAGCAUCUCCAAGCUCGCCGCCAAGCUGCAGGAAGCCUCAGCCGUCUACUCCAAGGACAAGGAGACGCUGUCCUGGUUCGUCAUGCAGUCCGUCCACGACCCGCAGGACUUCACCAUUGUCGAGCGCUACCUUAACGAGGGCUCGCAGACGUACCACCUCAACAACCCCUACUGGAAGACGUUCGACCCCUAUGUUAUCCCGCUGCUCGAGAAGGAUAUGGACCUUAGAAGGUUUGAGGAGUUGGAGGAGGUUAAGGUCUAG